ACAAAAAGCAAGGAAGCAAGCAAGCAAGCAAGCAUCACCUCCCAACUCCAAUGGAACCGCCGUCGGCCAGCUCCGGCGAACGCUCUCUGGACCCCUUAACAAGCUUCACCAGUAUUCCUCUCGCGCGCCACAAUCUCGCUUCCCUAAGAUCUCUCGUCAUCAACCCUUCGACUCCCAUCUCCUUGGUCACCUCCAUCUUCGAAGCCCUAAGUCGCCAUCUCGAGCACGGUCCCGACUCCCUCCUGCUGCUUCCCGCUCUCAUCCUCCUCUCCGAGCUCGCCUCCCGCCGCCCUGGCCUCUCGCACGUCGUCUUCGACCGCGUACGCUCGCGCCUGCUCUCGUCCGAGUCGGCGCGCGUCGCGGCCGAGUCUCUCGACGCCAUCGCGCUCGUAGCGGAGCGAGAUGAGACCCUGUCUUCUUCCUUGGAUGGCCAGUUCGACAGCUUCUUCGUCUCGCUGUGCUUCGAUCGUUCCGUGUCUGUGCGGCGAUGGCUCCUUCGAAACGCCGAGAGGUUCGGCGUGCGGCCUCAUGUGUUGGUGACUGUGUUCUUAGGGUUCACGAAGGAUCCGUAUCCGUGUGUUAGGGAAGCUGCUUUGGACGGAUUGGUGAAUCUAAGCAAGUCGAGUGCUUUUGAGGAUCGUGGCCUUGUUGAAGGAUGCUAUUAUCGCGCUCUGGAGCUCUUAGGCGAUGUGGAAGAUUGUGUAAGGUGUGCUGCCAUUCGAACGGUCUGUGACUGGGGGCACAUUCUUGUAGCAUUUAUGCAGGGGACAGAAAAGAAAGAGCAGUCGGAUGCAAUAUUUAUUCAGCUUUGUUCAAUGGUCAGAGAUAUGAGUAUGGAGGUUAGGGUUGAAGCAUUUGAUGCCCUUGGGAAGACCCAAACUGUUUCUUUGAAGAAUCUGUUGCAAAGCUUAUCUAAAAAGGUCCUAGGUAGUAUGAAAGAGAACAGAUCUGUGGGUCAAUCUACAGGACCAGUUGAACUGUCUGCAUCGAGUGUUGCGGGUGCUUUAGUGCAUGGCUUUGAAGAUGAAUAUUAUGAGGUUCGAAGGUCUGUAUGCCACUCCAUGCGAAGGUUGUGCAUGAUUUCUUCUGAGUUUUCCAUUGGAGCUAUAAGUUUGUUGAUGGAUAUGCUAAAUGACGAUUCAGUGAUUGUCCGCUUAGAAGCUCUGGAAACGAUGCAUCAUAUGGCAACCUGUGAUCAUCUUAAUUUGGAAGUAAUGCACAUGCACAUGUUCCUUGGAGCUCUUGUUGAUAAAAAUGAACUGGUACGAGCUGCAAUAAGGAAAAUACUGAAAUUUGUGAAGUUGCGCGAUCGGGAGCUCCUUAAAUUAUCUGUUAAUGGCCUUAUAAAGAAUCUGGAGACAUAUCCUCAGGAUGAAGUCGACAUAUUCUCAGUACUCUUCCAUGUUGGUCAACGGCAUGGGAACUUCGUAGCUUGCUUCAUCAAUGAAGUUUUUCAUGAGAUAGAGCCUUCUCCAAAUGGCAAGUUGAGCUUCGAUUGUGCCAGAGUAGCUGCUUUGCUUGUAUUAUCCAUCUCAGCCCCUACCUUUGCUGAAAAAAAUGUUGGUGAAAUUCCUCAGAGAGUUUUCUCUUAUGCAGUUACCCUUUUGGGGAGGAUCUCUCAUGCUGUUGGGGAUAUUACUAGUCAAAAUGCCCUUUUUGCAUAUCUUACUCAGGGCAGUAGCUGCAUGGAAGAUAACAUUUCUGAAUUCGGACAGCAGAUAUUAGCAAAUAUGGGUAAAGAUGGGGCUGCAAGUUUAGCUAGCAACCAAAAUGAUCUUGAUCAGUUUCCCCUGGGGGAAGCUAGCUCUGAGCACAAGAAGAUGUAUGCCCGGAAAUUCUGGCAGCCAAAUGAAGAACCAGAGUUAACUGCAAAACAGCUACAGAUUCAUGAUGAUAUAACCGAGUCCCUGAAUGGUAUCUUUACCAAGGUCAAAGCCGUCUGGCCUUUGGUAAAAGCAGGUUUUACAAAUGAAGUACUGAAGAUUUUGAGGAUUUAUGAGGAAGAGCUGAAGACGCUAGAGACAAAAUGCACGGAUUCUCCAGCAUUAGCAUUCACUUUACAAUAUAUGAGGACUUUGAAGUUCCUUGCUAGCGUUUGGUCCUAUUUUCAUUCCACCAUUGGUCAGUGUUGUAGAGUAGUUAGUCAGCUGGACAUUCUACUGGUAAAGCUAGAGAGGACACUCAGGGAUAUGAAGGGCAGGUUCACAGGGUUGUCUAAAGAAGAUGAGUUGUACCUCUUGGAGCUUACAAGUGUUUCCUUGACAUUGAAUUUAUCAAAAUUAAUGACAGGCCGUGGCUAUAUUGUUAAUUUGAAAAGGCUGGCAGCUGUGUUGUUACAGGUGGAGUGCCUUCAACAAGAGCAUGGUGUCGAGCCAUCCUCUUUCGUAUGUGAACUGAAGAAGUCAAUGCCUGAUAUUCAUUCUGCUGCAGGUGGCAUGUUUUCCCUUCCUCAUUUCUUAAGGAAGAUGCUUGACGCUUUCUCUCUUAAGCAAUUUGAGCUCCUAAGAACACUCCGGAGCUUAUCUGCAGAAAUUACUGUUCCUGAUAAUGAUUCAGAAAACCCAAUUCAUUUUAUUCAUGGUUUGCCUGUUGGUAUCCAACUAGAGAUUACUUUGUGCAACAUCUCCAGGGAGAAUAGACUCUGGCUAGAGAUGACAAUGGGAAAAGAGUUGAAGCAGUUUAUCUUUCUGGACCUAAAGUUGUUUGGAGGAUCCAAUGAUUUGAAGAAAGGGACCUAUUUUGCUACCUAUUACAAAACUCCAAAAGCAGUGUCAUUCACCUUGAGAGUUUGUAUUGGAGUGGAAUGUUUCCCUGAGGAAAUUUAUGCAGGCAUGCCCAGUGGGGGACCAAAACGUGAAUUGACAUAUCUUUCUCCUGAAAGAGAAGUCUACUUUUCUGCUAAAUCUCAGAAGUUAACUUGAGCAAUCAAGGUGGACAAGUUUUGUGAGACCGUAAUUGUCAAAGCAUGUGCACCAAGUGAGUAUCAUCUUCAUCAUUAAAAGCAGCACUAAGCGGUGCUAGCAGAUUUAGACUCUGGGAAGCUUCUAAAUGAGCAAAAAGAUUUUAGACUAAGAUUGUAGAUCCUUUCCUGUAAGUUGUCUAUUCUGGCAGUUUGUGACUGAUCCAUUGGAGCUACUGUUAUUUUUUUUUUAAUAACACACUAAAGAUCGGUCUAUAUAUUGAAAGUUGACAUUCAUAUUCUAGGUGUAAGUGCCAGAGAGGAAGAAACCAUAUCGCACCUUCUUUAUUGUCCUUGGAUGAGUGCUCUUUGGGCAACCCGUUACACCUUUAUGGGGCUUUGUUGGGUAAGAGCUGAUCAAUUGAGCAAGAACUUUGGGCAUGCAAGGUGUGGUUAUCCCUUGCCUCAAGUUGGAGUGGGUAUCAUCAGCCCCACUUUUGAUUUUUUGGUCAGCUUGGAAAGAGUGGAACAAGAAAGCUUCUGAGGAGUCCUCUAUUCAAGAUCUUAUUCCAAAAUUGGCUUAAACUUCUACACCUUUGGAAUUGGGGGAAUCUACUCUUGGAUGUAAAUGGCUUUUGUCUUGUGAAUGGACAUCUUUUUGGAUAUGAGCUCUUUUUAUUCAUGGGACGGCACCCCUUUAGUGCCUCAUAGUGAACUUAUAACAUCAAAGAAAAAGAGCCGGGGGGUCACUUUGCAGCUGUAGAGCAGCUAGAGGAACCAGAAGAUCUCAAUUUUGUCAAUUUCAUUGUCAGCUAUGGCUAUGCAGUCAGGAGUUAGUGCGUGAGAAGUGGAUAAUCGAGGCAAUCCUGGCCAAGGAAACUAUUCUGGAGAGUCCUGUCUAAGCCCAACUUAUUUGACCAUGCCUCUCAGCUUUUCACGCCAUGGAUUUCUCGGUUGCAGUUUGAAAGCGGUAGGAGUUACGUUGUACACAUAUUUGGUAGCAGGAGACAUAUCUUUCUAGACAUGCAUGCAAUUUCUAACUGACCCUAUUUAAUCGAACUCAGCCUUGAGACAACUACCCAUGUGCAUAAGGAGUACCCUGUCUAUAAUCCACAUGCCCUCCUUUCUUAAUCAUCAAGUCAGUGUUCUGAACUCCAUUUAUUUUGUCGAAAGAUGGAUUAGUUCAAAGACACUUGUCAGUUUGAUGAUUUACAAAUGCUAAACUUUUUCCACUGAGGCAACAAUACCCCAAACUGUUUUUCCUCUUACCAAAAUUUGUACCAGUGACCUAACAUUUCAGGGAGAGGUAUACCGGCAGUGUUAAGAGUUGUGUAUAGCUCUCAUUUUAGUGAUAGAAGUUUUUGCUGAAUCACUUAAAUGUCAAAUUUGAGAAAAAAUUAUCACUUAUGUGUCUCCAGCGAGAAAUUCUGGUCAAAAUAAGUACGCGGUAUUUAUAAUUAAAAUUUUAAUAUGAGUUGGCAUUUUAAAGAAAAAAACUGGUCCACAUAGCAUUUCCAUGUAAUUUCUCCUCCUCUCCCUCCACGUCACGUCCUUUGUUGCUGUCUUUCUGCUUCUCUUUUCUCCCUACUGCACCGUUGCUACUUCAUGGACGUUCGCCCGUCACCACCCAGACCUACGAGCUGCAUCACAACCUUAGCAAACAACGCCAAGCCGCCACCUUCUCACCAAGGGCGAUUUUAGGGGAAACCAAGGCUUCUAUGCCUGUCGCAGGGCCGCUGGAGGCAGUGAGGCUGUUGGAGGUGGAAGAGGGUUCGAGACCGGAGGAGGGGGUGGCGAAGGGCUUAGCGUAGGAGAAGCGAGUGUGGCGAGGGUGUAGGCAGGAGGGAACCACUCGCGAGUCUAGAGGAGGAUGUCGGAUUCAGAACAAAAUGGCUCCAGAAACCGCCUCGAGGGGUUUGGCCGGUGAAGGAGGCAACACCAACUGCAAUUCGGUCAUGCAUGGUCGAGAAUAAAUACAACAAGCCUUCGGUUUGCGGUCGGGAUUUUCAACGAAUCGACUCUGUUGGCAGCGGACUUUAAGGUGGUUUUGAUGAAUUGCCCAUACAAGAAGCCGAGGGAAAUCUCCUUUCACUCUCUCGUUGUGCUCCCUUUUUCCCCCACCGCAUCCCCUUUUUGUUGGUCGUUCAGCAAGAAAUUGAUUUUUCUUGCUAAAGGAAGUCAUUUUGGAUCGUGCAGCCAGGUGAAACUUGUUGAAUGGCCUUGUUUUGGGCUUUUUAUGCUAACUCAGACCUCUGACAAGUUAUAUCAGUGAAAAAUAUUAAAAUAAUAUCACGUUAGAUUUUUAGCAUUCAAAA